UCGACGAUUUUAAUUACAACUUUGGCACUGUAAGAGAACAAUCAACAAUCAUGGUUAAUAAAAGUUUUCUCGCAGUUUUGUUUGUGGUUUUGAUGGCCAGUUUCCACGGCGGUCUUGGCUCGAAACUUCCUGAUGGAAUCAAACUGUGCCAUAGAAGCGAUCCUGAGGUGGAAACUUGCGUGAAAAACUCAGUAGAAGCAUUAAAACCGAUGCUGAAAGAAGGUCUACCCGAGCUGAAUGUACCUGGAAUAGAUCCCUUCAAAAUGGAACAGAUCGAAAUCAUGGAUGGAACGCUAUUGCCCGAAUUGAAAGCCUCUUUAGUCAACUUGGAAGUGAUUGGAUUAGGAGACUUUGAGAUCACAAAUCUCAAAAUGGACUUGGAGAACCAUGUGUAUGAUGUUGGUGUUAAAGUGCCCUUCUUGGACAUUCAUGGAGGGUACAAUGUUGAUGGAAAAUUGUUAUCGACCACUAUUCAAUCAACUGGAACUUUCAAUGCAAAUGCCACUGGUUUAGAUGGACAAGCAUUGAUGAAAGGAGCCCUAAAAGACAACCAUUUGAAGUUUGAGUCCAUCGACUUUAAGCUGAAGAUGGAAGACUUUAACCUGGAUCUUGGCAACUUCCUCACUGAAGACCCUGUUCUGAGCCAUGCUGCUAAACAACUGCUCAAAACAGCCAAUAAGGAAGACAUAAUUAAGAUGGCCACACCCUACAUUGAGAAGAAAUGUUCAGACAUUCUCCUGAAACUGUGCAACGAAAUCUUCGAGAACGUCGACUACGACGAAAUAUUUCCAGUUUAAAGCUUCCAUAUUGAUUAAAACACUAUUUAUUUUCUUCCCAUCCUAGUUAGGCACCAAAUGUAUGUAGGUAAUGUUCAAGUAUAAAAGUGUUCGCUGUUUGACAAAUAAUAAAUUGUAUAACCAGAAAA